GAAGAUGGAGAAGAACAUGGUAUAUAGAUGGUGGGUGAUAAUAAUUCAUGGCCAUGAAAACGUUAAAAUGGAGCCUUGAUGUAAUGAGAUAGAGUUUGAGAGAGAGAGAGAGAGAGAGAGAGAGAUCUUUGAAACUAAAUAGGAUUUUGGAUUUGAGCUCUUGAGACUUGAGAGUCGGUCUAAGAGAGAGAGAGGGAGAGGAAGAGAGAAUGGAGCGAGGAUUUGGGCGAGAAAAGAGGUGGGAAAAGAUUCGAUAAGUGUUUGGAUUUGCGUGGUUUGAAAGGGCUUUUUGUUCGGGUUGAUUUGUCUCUGAGACAAAAGAACUAAUGAGAGGGAGAUCCGGAACUCAGUUUUUCUCUCCAUCUUUCGCUAAAAACUUGGGUUAGCUUCUGUGUUUCUUCCCUUAAGUAGGCGAUUUUGACUCCAGAACCUGCAAGAUUUUAGUUUUCAAAUAUGGGGAUUUCGGUUUUCUAUUGACUUACGUUUCUGAUUUCUCUGUCUUCUCCUUUCCCUCCACUUUACUACUUCUCAUGUACCUGGUUUUUGGUUCUUUCGGAAUAAAACCCAGACAAGAAUUUACUAAUUUCUCUCAAGAAUCUGAUUAUUUUCUGGAUCUCUUGUAUCUGGGUCUCUUCAUUUUCAUUUUGUGCGUCUGGGUUGUCUUCUUUUCCAUUUUUUAUUCAUCUAGGAUCUUCCUCUAGUUAGAUGGCAGAGAAGAAGAAUGGUACAAGUACAGCAACAACAGAAAUAUAGCAACAGCAAUAGUGCGGGUGGUGGUGGUGGUGGAGGUAAUGGUGGUGGUAGUGGAGGAGGUCGCUCUUCCAAGAAACUGAAGCAGAAGAAAAUCCCACAAAGAGGGCUCGGUGUUGCCCAAUUGGAGAAGAUACGAUUAGAGGAGCAGCAGAAGAAGGACGCGACUGCUGACAUGUCCUCACCCUCUUUUGUUCUUCCAAUCCCUCUUCCUCAGCACCAGCAUUCAUCUUCUUCUUCUCCUUUUCCUGCAACUCCAACUGAUUUGUCUUCAACAAGUUCUGUGUUCAGAACCCUUUCUCAGGGACCUGUUCUCACUCUUGAUCUAUUAGCCCCACCUCAUCCUCCUCCUCCGUUUCAAACGAUAGCAACAAUUUAUGUUCCUUGUCAGGGUGGCUCCACCUGUGGUCCGAUCGCUGACGUAGUCAACACUUUUACAGGGGAGGGACAUUAUUCCAGAAUGUGGAGUAACGGGUUGAACUACAAUGGUGAUGUUCCCAUAUUGGAUCAUGGACUUGCAUACCGAGCCCAGUUGCAGAAUGAGGCCUCCUACCCAAUUUGGCAUUCUCCUCCCCCUGUUCCGAUUGAUAGAAAUCAACCACAUUCUUCAAUAAUGGGGAUUGUCCCUUCCUUUCCUAUGGAGCUUCCUUCAAACCAAAGCAUUUGCAGCAGCAACAACAACUGCACAGCACUACAGCCACCUCCUUGGCCUGAGGAAGAGAAGAUGGUUGGUAUUAAGCGACCAUGCCCCUUCUCUCUAGACAACUUGCCACUGGCGUCAUCUCUCAGAAAAAUUCCUCCCUUCAUUCAGCCACUCUACAGAGCAGAAGAACCAUCAUUAUCUGGCAUUAGUGUGAUUGGUCAGAGUACAAUUUCCGAGCUGAAGCAUAGAAUUGUUGAAGGGAAUUAUCUCACCUUGGGCCCUCCUGCAACUAGUUCAUCUUCAAUGGGUUGUAAAUAUAAUAAGCAGCAGCCCUUAGCAGCAUCCACACCCUCUCAUUAUCCGAUCCUUGAAUUUGGUCUGAACUCGUCUCUGGCAAGCAUUGAAGAGCCGGCCAUCCAUAAUUUCUUUCCUACAAAAGGGAAGAUUAGCAGAGUGGCAACCACAACCAACGACCAACGGAGAGUCAAGGAAUAUAGUGACACAGUUGAUCUCAACCUAAAGCUGUAAUUAGUUAGUGGGAACUUGGAAGCAUCUGCCACAAAUUGUCCCCAAGACCCUAAGACAGAUGGGCUGAAAGAAAAAAGAAGAGAAAGCAUAUUUGGAAUGAAGUUAAGGAACAAUUAACCACCAUGAGAGAGAGAGAGGGCAAAUCUUUGGCCGGGGUGUAUUGGGUGUGGGAUCGAGGGGAUCAGAGGAGAGAUUGGUGUAUUUCUAUUAUCUAUCUGUCUAUCUGUGGUUUGUUUGAAUUUGUAUUUUCUGAAUUGGGUCAGUACAUUUUGUUUGUUGGUUCA